AGUUUGUUUACAAGUAUUAAAGUUGUAAUUGGGAGCUGCCAAGACAGAUCUGGAUCUGUGUUUCUUUGUGUUAGGGGUGAUGUGCAACUAAUUAAAGGCAGACUGGCAGCGUCUGCAAAUUCUAAGGCUUCCCCAAAUAAAAAGAGACUGGUAAGUGAUCGUUCUUUCUCUUUCUCUGGCUUUUUUUUUCUCUUAAAUGUUUGCUGUCCGUUGGGGAUUGUGAAAGUAGAUAUUAAUGCUGGACUCCAGCAAUAAAAAGCGUCGCUGUAUUAAUUUAUUAAUUAAUCUGCACCCGCCCCUCCUCCUGAAUGUUAAAUAUGACCUUUGAUCUCUGUGUCUCUGGUAGACCAGACAUACAGGCAUGUACAGCUAGCUACAUUGUGUGAAGGCAAAACAGGAUCAUGAAGUGUGGAUCUCUGAUUUAGCUUUGCCAUAGGACUAUAGUUAUUUGUAUGUAUUUUAUUUUGUUUUUAAAUAAAAUCCAAACAAUAGCUGUGGGAUAGGUACCCUUUUUUCAUGCUCCAGAGAUGCAUUGACUAAACAAUAAUGACCUGGAUACUGGGCAUAAUCAUUUUCUACAGUUUCUGCUGGCAUUAAACCUUGAGGUAGCAAAGGGGGAGGGGAUGGCAAUCAGAAAAGCAAGGAAAGCUUCUGUUUGGAAACACCACUCUAAGACUCUGAAAAAGGGACAUCGAAUUAUUUCUUUAUUUGGAACAAGGUCAAAGACUAAAAUGUUGAAAUUUCCCCCUCUACUCAGGGUGAUGAUAUUUAAUGCAUGGUUGGCAUAACUAGUUUUUACUAAGUAGCAGUUAUUGUGGUCUUGCAUUUACAAUGUGAUUCUCAGAAACUGAAGCUACAAGCAUGUUCUUGCUGUGUCUUCCCCUACCCCUUCUAGGCAUCAAGAAUAUUUAGCCAGGAGCAUUUUGGGGCGCGCUUUGUAUAGCCAUCAGACCUCAGAAGGGAGCAGUUUUCCCUAAUGGGAAACCACAGAGGUGGUUCCCGAGUGAUUAGAGACUGGCUGUGAUUGAAAGAUGCCUGCUAGCUUCUAAUCCAGCCUAGGGUGAGGUUCCUUAUCUUGAUUUACUUUGCCUAAUAGGGAUUUGUUUACAUAAACCCCUCUUUUUAGGGUACCUCAUCAGUAGGUCUUGAAGUUUUUGCACUUCGAGUUUGGGCACAAAUUGCUCGUUGUUAAUCUAAUUAGCAGCAUAAUUACUAUAAUUGAUAACCAUUUUGAACUCUGAAUAUUUGAGACAGAGACUACUGGGCCCCCAUGAGGAAUUCCCUGCACUCCACAUUCUAGACCAAUCUGUGGACUUCCAAGAUGUCACAAAAAGAUAUUCUGGCAAAAAAAUCUGGAAACAAAGAAACUGGUUUUUUAGUUGUGACAGUUGGAGGAUAAUGCGAAGGAAGACGCUGCCUGGGGGUUCGCCGUCUGUGGAAAUGCGCCCGGGAGAGGAAUAAAAGCAGCCCUCGUCUCGCUCUCCCUCCCCCGCCACCGCCGCCCCUCCCCCGCUGCCCCCUGCACCCGGCCGGACCGGCGGUCCCCACCUCCACCCUGCACCCCUUCUUCCCGCCCUGCACCAUGAACACCAACGUCUGCGUGGAGCCGGGGCCGAGCCCCGAGGCGCCGGGCCUGCCCAAGGAGAGCCACCUGCCCGAGGGCGCGCUCAACAGCCUGGUGGAUUACAACUCGGAGGUGGAGCGCUACCGCUCCUUCGCCACCUCCUUCUACAAGACCGGCGGCGGCGCCUUCCCGCAGGCGGCCAAGAUCGCGCGCAUCACCACCCCCAUCUUCCCGGGCAGCGCCGCCGCCGCCGCCGCGGCCGCCGCGCGCAUCGGCAUGUCCCCCUGGAACUGCGACAACGCGGCCACCGCCGCCGCCGCCACCGCCAUGCUCUGGGGCAGCGGCGGGGCGGCGGCGGCGGCGGCGCGGCGGCGGGCAGGAAAUCCUCCUCCUCCCUCCUCCUCCUCCGCCGCCGCCGCCGCGCCGCCGCGCGCCUCGCCGGCCGUGCUGCCCGCGGGCGGCGGCAGGACGGGCGCGCACCCCCGCGGCGACGCGGCGCGCCUGGGCAAGGCGGGCUGCGCGCCCGAGCCCGCGCUGCAGAUGGCCAACUCCAACUUCCUCUCCUCGCUGGCCCCCGAGCACUGCCGGCCGCUGGCGGGGGAGUGCAUGAACAAGCUCAAGUGCGGCGCGGCCGACGCGGAGCUCAUGAACCUGCCCGAGCGCGUGGGCACCUUCUCCGCCAUCCCCGCCCUGGGCGGCCUCUCGUUACCUCCGGGCGUCAUCGUCAUGACGGCCCUGCACUCCCCCGCCGCGGCCUCGGCGGCCGUCUCGGACAGCGCCUUCCAGAUCGCCAACCUGGCGGACUGCCCGCAGAGCCACUCCUCCUCCUCCUCGUCCUCCUCGGGGGGCGCCGGCGCCGCCACCCCCGCCAAGAAGAAGAGGAAAAGGUGCGGGGUCUGCGUGCCCUGCAAGAGGCUCAUCAACUGCGGCGUCUGCAGCAGUUGCAGGAACCGCAAAACCGGACACCAGAUCUGCAAAUUUAGGAAAUGUGAAGAGCUAAAGAAAAAACCUGGCACUUCGCUCGAGAGAACACCUGUUCCCAGCGCUGAAGCAUUCCGAUGGUUCUUUUAAAGCAGUAGUAGAUCUUAUUUUCGAGGCAUUUGGAAAUGAAGGGCAAACUAAUGUCUUGUUUUAAGAAACUGCUUAGUCCACCACUGAAGAAAAUAUCCAGAAAUUAUUUUCAUUUUAUGUAUAGGGGUUUCUUCAGAAAAAAAAAAGAGGAAAAGAAAAAAAGACACAUAAAAAUAACGUGGGAGUUUGGGGAAUCGGCCAGUCUAUUUACUCUCCAUACACUGAUUCUUUCUUUGAUGUAAUUUACCUAUGCUAGUGAAGUUGUUGUCUAUUUUGAAAGUGGCUGUAAAAAAAUAAGUUUGGGUAAACCCCUGCUUUAAAAUCAUGUAUCUUUGCAAAGUACAUAUCUAUACUUCAUUUUCAAAUAUAUGUGUUUCAGUACUGUAAACUGUACAGAUAGCAGCUUGUAUUUUGUGUGUUUAGACACAAGGAGACAAUCAUGUCUGAGCAUCUAAGGAGAUUAACAGUUUGUACACGACGGUAUGGUUCUGCGAGUUAAAUCUGGAGCAAUAAAUUUUAGCUUUAAAUAUUUUUUGCCAGUUGUUUCUAGAAGGAGCAACAGCACUGGCACCAUUUUGCCAUGUAUCUUUCCAUAGAGACUCGAUGCCAAGUUUUACAAGACUGAAAGAUUAUGACGCAUCCGGCAAUUACCUUCAGUUGUAUUGUUACAAGAGGGGAAGAUGUUAUGAAAGUUUCAAUUAAUCUUUUGAGCACUAUAUUAGAGUAGUGGUUAUGCACUUGCAUUGCUUACAAAACGAGCUGUACAGAAGGGUAUACCUCCCGAAUACUUAGUGUAGUUGACUUGUCUUGGGUUGCACUGUCAGGCGAAGUACUCAGAGUAGUUGGAAAAUGCAGAAUCAGUUGUAUGAUUUAAAAAAAAACACAAAAAAAACAGUGUUUUCUAGACUAAAGAAUAAAGUCUCAUAUCUUAGGGGGAGAAAUCCAUGGCUGACUUUUAUUUUCCCAGACCAAAAGGAGCUGUAUACGUUUUCUUUGUUUCUUUAUUUUUUGCUUAUUUUUUUGGUAGGAAAAAUAAAGAGUAUCCAAAUGUUUUAAUUCCAUGUGUGAUAUCAAAUGGGUAGUUUUGUUUUAACACUUAAAUAUGUUGAGGCCUUCUGCCUUUAGGCAUGGCUGGAUAUAUUUUUAAUUUAAAAGAAUUAAAUACAUUCGUAAAAGUGAAGUGUUUUAUCUCUUUUUGGUCUUUUCUUUCUCAGAGCCUCCCUAUUGGACCAGUAGUCUUCCUCUACUGUAGUAAUGCUCCAUUGAUCCCACUCCUGCUCUUGUCCCUCGAUGCUUUGAUUCCUGAGAAGGCAGGGCCACAGUCUGUGGAAUUUGAUAAAUGCAAGAUAGCACCCCCGGCCCCUGCGCCAAACACAGACACACAAAGGAUCUACUGCUUCCUAGAACCUGUGCUACCUUUCAUGUAGGAUUUGGUUUUCUUAUCACAGUCAGGUUCUGAAAUCUGUCCCAGUAAGACAGAUAUUAUUUGCAUUUUGUUUUUUGUUUCCAGAGUAUAAAAACUUUUUUCAGUUUUAGGAGUAGAACAGAGGCUAGCAAAAAUACAUGACGUUUUACUGCAGCUUUUUGUUCCUUAUCCACUCGCCAGUGGUUUGCGCCCCCACAUCCAUUGCCUCUGAAGACGUUAGCAAAGCAGAUCGUUAGAAGGAACAUAAUUUGAGAAGAGAGCGAUGGGACAGUGAAAGGAGCUAGGAAAUGCUGGAAAGACUAGCAGGUGAAUAUUUUUUAAAAUCUAGUUGUAGUUUUGAAUGGGAAAGGAUGUGGCAGAAAAGAUUUUUUAAAAAAGCAGAAGGAGCGCUUCAUCAUUAGAGGCCCAGGGGAGGGAUGGAUCAAAGCAGGGACGAAUGCCAGUGUGAAAACAAGUUUGAUUUCCCUUGCCCAGAGGAUGAGUAUGUGGUCUACAGUCAUGGUCAAAAGCCUUCUUUGAGAAAAAUUCAUUAUGUAUCACUCCUGUCCAUACUUAGAGAUGAGAAUUAAGUAAUAACGAGCUAAAAUGUGCGAUAUACUGUAUUAAUUUUGUGAUAACUUUCUACUUGUAUAUUCCUUGGAGGGUUUCUAGUUAGAAUUUCUAUUUCUGCUAUUGGACCAGUGAGAGCUAUAUGAGUUCUCUCUUGUUCCAUUUUUAUUUUAUUGUACUUCUUUUGUUUACCAAGUUGCUAAUUAACUAGAAGUAAGUGAAAACUUACUUUCACACUUGAAUGGUAAGCUCGCCUUGCUUUUUGGAAAACGAUGAUUGUUAUUUCAGAAGUGAAACAAACUUCUAUGUUUGUUUCAGGCUAUGUUAGACAUACAGAUCUCAUAACAAUGUACUGAGAAUCUAAAAUACAUUCUAGUAUUGCAUGUCUCAAUGUGUUUUUCUUUGUUUGCUUUUUAAAAGAACUAAUGAAUUUGUAUAUUGUAAAAUGUGGUGUUUUACCUGUCAAUUCAUUUUUUUAAAGGAAAGAAAAUUUGUUGAUUACUGAAAUGGGAAAGUGUAGCUUUUCUUUAAUUUUCUUAUGUUUUUCUUAUUGAUAUUCUUUUAUAUCACCCACUUUUUAAUGUUUUUGAUUAAACUCUAUUUAUGUCAUAUAGGGUGAAUAUAAAGUUCUCAUUGGUGAUGUUGAAGAAAGAUAUUAUUCUUCUGGCCUCCCUCUAGUUUUCCACCCCCCCACUAUGUCCAUGUGAUGAAAAUUUGUAAAGCAUAUCAUUAUCCUAAGGCAGUCAUUUGAAGGUUUACAUUUUUUGUAAUUCUAAAAUACCAAUGAAAUGUAGCCUUUAAAAAUUCCUCAGUGUAUGUUACAUAUUCAAUAUCAAAAAGAUUCAAAAUAUAGAUUGUAUGGACUGACUAUACAACAGAUUGUGUGGACUGUCUGUACAACUUAAAAAAAAUCAUAUAUCAGAUCAUCUGAAUAAAACACUUGGUGAGAGAGGUCCACAUAGGCAGGGUCUUGUCUUCUGUAGGUGCAGUCAAGAAGAUGCCAUGCCCUGCCAGGAUUUGGCAAGAACAGGGAAAAGACUUGUGAUGUUGGCACAUGGUGCUGUGAGCCAGCGUCCUUUUCGGCUGAUACUCAGCCACCCUGACAUCACAAGAAUAUCGUAGUGCAAACCUCUCUCUUUCCAGGUCUUCAGACCAAAAUGGUUUUCUGGUGGACUCUGCCUGUCUGUGGACAAGCGGGGCAUAUUCACAGAGGAGAAAUGUACCCAUUCUUGGGAGAGAAAAUAGUAACAGUCAUCCCCCAAUGUAAGAGUAUAUAAAAAUGUCUCUUGCCUAAUCCCAACAUUCAAAUUUCUUCUUCUGAAUACAUUUAUAGGGAGCAAGAGAUGGUGGGCUUGCUAUGAAUUAAUAUUAAGCAAUCACAAAAAAGAAAGGAUUAUUCCUUUACUUUCAUUCAGAACUCCUGGCAUGCAAGUUGUGCAAUUAAUGCUAAAGCAUAUAAAGUCUUUAAGCUGAUAGUAUCUGUGACCAAAUAAUGAAAAAAAGAAAGCAGUUAAAUGAACACACAUUUCAGGGUCAAAUAUGUUCAAAAAGCUGUAGUGGGUCUUUGAUCAUGGUUAGAGUCACAGUGAUAUCAAACAGUUGGUUCUCAUGUAACAGCUAAAAGUUUUAGAUUUUGUUUUUAUUAAAUUUGGCAUUUUACACUGAGAUCUGUAUUCCUCACGAAUAAAAUACAGCUACUAUGUUAGGAGGGAUUCCAUUUUUACAAUUGCAAAAUAGAGAUCUUCUAAGAACAUGGGCCACAAAAUGUACUCGUUUCACAGUGUUCUACUCUGAACUGUGCAGUUAUCUAUUAAAUUUUCUAAUAGAUAUUUGUGUAAGGUGUAUGUAUGCUUGUGCAAUUAUUUAAAAAGCAGUUUUGGAAAACAGUGUAUUUAUUAAAGAAAAUCACUUAUGGGGCAUGUACAAAACUGUAAAAAAAAAAAAAAAACUUUAAAAAAUCACAUUCAAUUUGCCCAGUAAAGUUGUUUUUGUGAAAUUUCUGUGUUGUUGAAUAAAGGACUUUAGUAUUCAAAAUA